AUGAUGACCGACACGCAGCAGCAACAUCCGCAAGCACAGCCUCUGCCCCAGGGCCAACCCCCCCAGCAGCAGCAGCAGCAGCAGCAGAGCUACACGCAUCAUGCCCCCAGCGGCCCGCCGCCUCCCAUGAUCGUCACGCCGACCUGGCUGGUAGCCGUCCGCGGCCUCCAGUUCUUCCUCGCCAUCAUCAUCCUCGGCCUCUCGGCCGCCAUCAUCCACUGGGUCUACAUGGACGAGCUCGGCCUCUCCGUCGCCAUCUCCCUCUUCACCUGGAUCAUCGUCCUCUACGCCCUCCUCUCCGAGAAGCUGCCCGCCCUCCGCCGGUUCUACCACGCCUACGCCGUCCUCGCCCUUGACCUCUUCCUCGUCAUCCUCUGGCUCGCGACCCUCGGCGCCACCGCCGCCCGCCGCGCCACUUUCGUCGUCUCCGUCACCGCUUCGUGCUCCUCCGACGGCUCCGCCAUCAACUCGGGCCGCUGCACCGUCUUUCGCCGCUACAUCGUCAUGAGCCACGGCGCCCUCGCCAUGCUCUCCGCCAUCGCCGGCCUCUCGGCCCUGCAGCUCCUCCUCUUCCUCGCCACCUUCAUCUGGACCGUCGUCCAGUUCGUCCGCUGGCGCAAGGCCAACGCCCCCGCGGCCCAGUCCGGGGCCAGCCAGGGCGAGAUCCAGAUGGAGUCGAAGCAGCCGUUCCUCACUCAGCAGACGGCCUACCAGCAGCAACCGUCGCCGCCGCCGCAGAACGGGCAUGUUCAGCAGCAGCAGCAGCAGCAGCAGCAGCAGUUCUACCCUCCCCAACAGUACCAACAACAACAGCCGCCGCCGCCUCAGCAAUACCAAGAGAUGCCCGUCCAACAGCAGCAACACCAGCAGUAUCCCCAGCAGACACCCUCUCCCGCCCAGAACUACGGCCAGCAGCCGCCGCAGGAGUACCAGCAAUACCAGCAGCACCAACACCAGCAGUAUCCGGCCCAGCCGUAUACGCCUUCGCCCGUUAACGGGGCCGUCUCGCCGGCCAACUCACCGCCGCCUCAGGGGCAGGGGUACGCGUACCCCCCGCAGGAGCUCCGGUGA